AUGUCGCCUCACCUCUGGGCUGCGGGGCUUUUCCCGCUGUUCCUGGUCGGCCUCGCCCAGCCGACCCAGAAGAUGAAGCUGGAUUGCUACAAGGGGGUGACGGGCACCAUCUACGAGUACGGAGCCCUCACCCUCAAUGAAGAGGAGUACGUGCAGUUCCAGCGCUACGCGGGCAAGCAUGUGCUCUUUGUCAACGUGGCCACGUACUGAGGCCUGACAGCUCAGUAUCCUGAACUGAAUGCACUACAGGAGGAGCUGAAGCUUUUUGGUGUCGUGGUGCUGGGCUUUCCCUGCAACCAGUUUGGAAAACAAGAACCAGGGAAGAACUCAGAGAUCCUUUCUGGGCUCAAGUAUGUGCGACCCGGUGGUGGUUUUGUUCCCAAUUUUCAGCUCUUUGAGAAAGGGGAUGUGAAUGGAGAAAAAGAACAGAAGGUCUUUACCUUCCUGAAGAACUCCUGCCCUCCAACCUCUGAUCUUCUGGGUUCAUCAAACCAGCUCUUCUGGGAGCCCAUGAAGGUCCACGACAUCCGCUGGAACUUCGAGAAGUUCCUGGUGGGGCCUGACGGGGUCCCGGUCAUGCGCUGGUUCCACAAGGCUCCCGUCAGCGCGGUCAAGGCAGACAUCCUGGAGUACCUGAAACAGUUCCAAAGCGAGUAGGAAGGGCCGAGACCGUCCGAAGCGGCC